AUGUCAGUUCCAAAUCCAUUUUCAGCUCUUCUAGGCAAAGACGAGGCCAGCCGUUCGGCCAACGUGAAACUGAACGAUAUCCUAGAAAGCAUAUUCGGAUUCUCCAUAAAUCCAAAAAACAGCGAUAAUACCAACGUUUUGUUUUUAGACGAGGUGCACAAGGUGCACGAAAAGGACGAUUUAGAUUUAAGUUUAUUACAGUACGCCUUGUUCGAGAGGCUGUUUAUGUGCAACGAAAAUUCCGAGUUGCGAAAUGCCAAAAACAACGGACAGGAAACCAAAGUGAUAGCCUAUUUGUUCGGUUGUUACCAGAAACUGGCCAAUCUACAAACGAAACUAAGCGCUGAAGAGUACGCCGAUGUGCACGACAAGAUAUUCCAAAAUAUUUCCACGUCCAUAAUACAACCGGACUUGUAUUCCGGCCAGAACAUCGCCGAAGAUAUGCUCAAUAUCGUGAGACACGAGGAAAUCGGAGCUGACGAAUUUUUCAUCGAAGCAGCUAAAAGAGUACACCAAGAAGACAAUAGCUCGGAAUGUUUGAAAGAAUUCAUGGGAACGAUCAGCCAGGUGUUGGUAAACGAGCUCACCAAAUGCUCCCUCUCCGAUACCAGCCCGAAAGUGUACAGUUACCUCCAAGUGGUCUCGAGCAACGAGUUACUCGGCGAGAUCUUCAUGGACACCAAUUUCCCGAAGAAGCCCAAUGUAGGUUCGGAGUACUCGCACACCGUCAUCGGCGCCAUUUUGAACCACUCUGUGCUACCAGCGACGCCUGUGGGUAAAUACGAUUACUUCACCAACCCGAUGGACCAAGCGGGCAACGCGGGAACCGAAGAGUACUUAUGGUCGUAUCUACAGAAUCAGAACCAAAAUUUGCAUAAAUUCUUUUUGGCUAUGCUGAAAUGCGGGGCCAAGGUGAAAGAGAAGACCCUGCUUUGGCUGGGGACUUGCCUGAAAACCAACGUGAAUAGAGGCAAAAUUUGGAACACCCACGCGCCCGAAUUGAACCCCGCUAUAUACAUAAACGUAACCGAUGGUUUUAUGUUGAAUUUGUGCAACUUGUUACUAAGCCUGUGCCAGCCGUUUUGUAGCAAAGGCAAGGACGAAAGAGUGUUGAAAGUCGAUCCUACUUAUUGCGCUGUACCCAACGAGGACUGCGAACAAAAGGGGAUUCACAUGGCCGACAUGGCAACCGAAACUUGCUUCUUACCCGUUUCCUCCGACGAUCAAUUGGAAGAGAAACGGCUGAUGUCCGAUUCGUACAACUUCAUCACGGAGUGUUUCUUCAUGGCGCACCGUUCUUUGGAUAUCGGCUACAGGGUCGGAGUAGAUAAAAUUAUUAGGCAAAAUAUCGAAAUGGGGCGCAUUCAGCGAGCCUUCAACGACGCCCUACAACAAGCGGGCGGCAAUUCGGACUUGAUCGGCACCAUUAAAGAUAGGAUGAGCGAAGAAUUAUCCAAAUACUUAUCGUUGAAAUGCGUCCUAUCCGAUCCGGACGUGCUGGAGAAAAUGUUCAACAUGAUAUCGGCGACGUGCCAUUGGCUCUGCCAGGUGUCCGUGCACCAAAACAGCCCCGAUUCCACCGCCUUCGCCCCUUUGAAAGAACUACCCAUACAUUUCCCGUUGGACAACCGAAUUCCCGAUACUUUAAAAUGCAUUCCAGAAUUCAUGGUGGAAAACGUAGUGUCAUUCCUAAUAUUCGUACGUAGAUUCUCGCCCAAGUCCUUCGAAGAAGAGGGCUACGAUAAAUUGAGCCCUAUAUUAUCGUUCAUCUUGGUGUAUAUGUCUUCGAGAAGGCACAUGAAGAACCCCCACGUUAGAGCGAGGUUAGCCGAAGGAUUGGAAUCUUUGUUACCUUUUCACAAAGACGAUUCGACGGGUCUUAACGUUGGUAGUACGCAAAGGGCGAGAUUGUUCACCGAUCACCCCCACAGAUUAAACAUCGUGGAAAAUCUGAUGAACGUGUUCGUGGAAAUCGAAAUGACCGGCCAGAGCGUGGAAUUCGAACAGAAAUUCAACUACCGCCGCCCUAUGUACGCGGUGUUCGACCACCUGUGGGAGCUGCCCGAGCACCUGGGCGCUUUCAGGGCGCUCGCCGAACACGCCGAACGCAACAUGGAGGCCGUCAAUCCGCCGCUGUUCCUCAAAUUCGCCAAUUUGCUCAUCAACGACGCCAUAUUCCUGCUCGACGAGGCGCUCGCCAACAUGGCCAAGCUCAAAGAGAUGCAACAGGCCCAAGAUACCGGAGAGUGGGCGAGUUUGAGCGCCAGAGAUCGAACGCAGAACAUCGCCUAUAUGCACCACGUGGGGAAUUUGGCGCGCUUCGAUAACAUUUUAGGCAAAGAUACGAUCGGGAUGCUCGAGAAAUUGACGUCUAAAAUCGAGCUGGUGUUCACGCACACCACGAUGGUGGACAGGAUAGCCGCCAUGUUGAACUACUUCCUGCUCAAUCUGGUCGGGCCCAACAAGAAGAACUUCAAGGUGAAAGACGCCAAAGACUAUCACUUCGAGCCGGCGGUGACGGUGCUGGAGAUAUGCAAGAUCUACGUGAAUUUGAAGUCGAGCGCUUCGUUUUGCCUGGCCGUGUCGCAGGACGGUCGAUCGUACAGCCCGGGUUUGUUUACGUUGGCAGAAGACGUUCUUAUAAGGAUAGGCGGUGGUACGUUGGUGGAGGAACUGAAAGAGGUGGCCUCUAAAGUGGCUGAGAUAGCUAACAAGCAAAUGGCCGACGAGGAGGCCUUGGCGGAAGCGCCGGAGCACUACUUGGAUCCCAUCAUGAGUACAUUAAUGAACGAUCCGGUUAUAUUGCCCAGUUCGAAGCAGAUUGUCGAUAGGAGUACUAUUGCUCGGCAUUUGUUGAGCGAUCAAACGGAUCCUUUUAAUCGAUCGCCGUUGUCGAUGGAUCAAGUGGUACCGCACAAGGAGUUGGCGGAGGAAAUUAGGAAUUGGAUAGACGAGAGGAAGAGAAAGUGUUGUUAG